GCUAAGGAAAAAGUUGUUUCAAAUCACCUCUCGAACCACCCCUUUCAAGGUGUUAUAACAUUUUUGGGACACUCUGUAUACGAUUGUUAGAUAAAAAAUUGUAUUAAUCAGAAAUAUCGUAAUAAAGAGUAUUUAUAGUAAAAUAUGGGCAUUUCUUGAAUAUUAUUUAAACAAUUAAUUGUUUUAACUUUAUACAAUUGUUGUGCGCUCUCUCUAUAUAUGUAUAGAAUCGAUAUGGUUGGACGUAUCGAUUUUUGUAUCUUGCAUGUUCACUUUUGUUGUCAUGCACAUAACCUAUUAAUGUUUUAAAAAGAUAGCAAAGGUGUUAUAAUAUUUACUAUAUAAAUUAAUAUGCCUGAGAAUAAAGAAACAGACGAAGAAAAGCCAAUUGUUGCAAAGAGUGCAAUCGAUUUGCAGCGAUUGAAACUUCAAAAGUUGAUGAAAAAUCCUGAGAAACCUAUUGUAUUACCAGAACGACCUAAAACUAAGAAUACACCAACAGUACCAGAGUUUGUUCGGAAUGUUAUGGGAAGUAGUGCAGGUGCAGGUAGCGGAGAAUUUCAUGUGUAUAGACACUUACGACGUAAAGAAUAUGCGCGACAAAAAUUUAUUCAGGAAAUAGGUCGUAAGGAACUUUUGGAUGCUGAGUAUCACAAGAAACUGGAAGAGAAUAAAAAGAUUGCAGAUGAAAUAACAGCAAAAAAGAGAGCUAAGAGACUAAAGAAGAAGCAAAAGUGGAAGCAAAAGAAACGAAUUAAAGUGGCAAAUGUAGACCAACAUAAGAAAAAUGAGGACAGUGAUUCGGAACAGAGUUCCAGUGAACAGGAGACAGAUGAAAAAAAUGAUAAUGAAGACGAAAGCGUCACUACUAAUGAAACUAAAGAUAAUGAAGUUAAAAAUAACGAAACAGUACAAACAUCAGCGUUAAGUACGAAUAAAAGUAUAGAUGAGAAGAGCAUGAAUCAAAGUCAUGAAUUACAGUUGCAAGACGAUUGUAAUAUCAAAAAUGACGACUCUGAAAUUGUUAAUAAUAGUGAAGUGUCCAACAAUGAAAAUGACAGAUAAAAUUUUAUUGUAUAUAUAUAUGUAAAAGUCGAGACAGCCAAGGUAGUGAAAAGAAAAAUGUAAAUCUAAUAAAAUUAUUCUAUUUUAUACAA